CUCCUCCAAGCCUCGACACCCUCAGCCCUCAGAGCUCUGGCCACAGACUCCGGAUGGGGACAGGGAUGGAGCCCGAGGUGUCCCCCCCUGCCCUCCCCACCGAGGUGGUCCUGGCGGUGGCCGCGCGGCACAGGGCCCUGGCAGCCCUGGUGGCCCUGGCCGAGGCCUUGGGGACACCGGACAGCGUCCCUGUGGCGCUGGCCGAGGCCGAGGCCACUCUGGGCCAGGCCUGGGAGGCCCUGAGGGGGCUGGAGAAGGCCCAGGAGGCUGCGGUGGCCCCGGCGGUGGCCCUGGGGACCCUGGGGGACGAGGACGAGCAGCGACUGCGGCAGCUCGGGGCCGUGGCUGAGGCGGCGGCAGCGGCGCUGGAGCGUGAGGAGAGACGGGCACGGCGGUGCCAGCGCUGGCUGCGGGCUGGGCACGGUCUGGCCGUGGGGCUGAUGGUGCUGUGUGGUGGUGUGUUGUCCCUGGACUCGGCCCGAGCCGCCCUGGGGGUGGCCGAGGACAAUCACCUGCUGCUGGCCCUGGCUGCGGUGGCCGUGUCCUGCGAGGUGGCCUGGCGGGGCUUGGGGACAUCGCGGCGUCACCUGGCCACCGCCGCGGGCCACCAACGGGACAUGGCCGUGCGCCUGCGGGACCGCGCCCGGCGGGUGGCGGCCGCCAGAGCCAGCGCCGAGGCCACCGCGGCCACCAACGAGGCCAUCGCAGAUGUGCUGGGGCAGCUGGAGGAGGUGACGCUGGCGCUGGGGAGGUUGGUGGCUGCUGUCACCCGGGACAGGGAGGUGACACCGUGGGGGACACAGGGACAGGGCUUCCCCAGUGCUGCCCGGGUGCUCGGGGACAUUGUGGUGGCCUUGGGGACAUCGGGGGAGGGUCACGAGGAGGUGACACAGAGGCUGGAGGUGGCCCAGGGGGCGCUGGCGGGACAGGGGUAGGGACGGGGUCGGGACACUGGGGUGGCACUGUCACUGCCGGGGCACGGGGACAUUCUGAGGGACAUUGGGGACCUUGGGGACACCCCUGUGUCCUUCCCUUGGGGACACCGGGGACACCCUGAGAUCCCCUGUCCCGUUUUUGGUCACCACGAUGUCCCCCAUGUCCCCACAGUGUCCCCAAAAGGACCCCGGUGUGUCCCCAGUGUCCUCGACAGGACAUCA